GGCCAACGGUUGGGCGAGUAGUGGCGAUGAAAGGGUCAGCGCCRGCGGUAAAGGUGGCGGYGGCCAUAGGUCACURUCGUCAUCGGGUCAUGCAUCGAUGUCGUCGGGUACCGAUACUACUAAUAGCACCGAUAGAUCYACCAAUCAUCAUACCGGUGCUAAUACUACUACUACUACUACUACUACUACCGGUGCUCAUAGUUAAAGGUGGCGGCGAUCCGUAUGCUUGUAGUAGUAGUCGUCCAUCGGUUGARUCGUCGGCAGCGGCAGCGGGUCUCCGAUCGCGUAAAGCCGYCGGUAGUCAUCAUCGGGAGGACAGUAUAUUUUCGAGGGCCGCCGCCGCCGCCGGGAUGUCCGCUGGUCAUAUGGCUGCGGGCACUGGAGGUAUGACCAGUCUAGAGGGCGUACGGGCAGCCAUUGAACAGAUGUCGCUGAGGACACAAGGUGGCCACUCGACCAGUACCUACUCGUCCUACUAUUCGGGCAGCGAUUACGAGCCGAUAACCGGAAAUACUUUCCGCCACCGAUUGAAACGAUAUUCAUCGAUGGAAACCGUCGGUACAAACGUGACCACCAAUGCUGCCGACGAUUUUGUUUGGGUGGACACACAUUCACGGCUGGUUGAACUGCAACACUAUCCGUGGGAUACCCAGGAUGUCCUACGACUGAUACGCGAGGGUCGACUACGACAACGGCUCCGUUGGAUUUCGAUGGACUGUUUGCCGCGGCUGUCCUAUCUGUUACAGCGGCCACUCAUCCGGAUAGCCAGCGAAGCUCAACGACUGGCCAAACCGUUAGGUAUCUGUACGAAACACGAGAUUGCCGGCGCCAUCCGUAUUGUUUUCGGCACCCAAUUGGCCGAUACAUGCGUUAAAUCGGGUCAUCGGGCGGCCGCCAUAUUUGCCGUGAGUGUUGGCGGCGGUGGCGGCRGCUGUCCAGUAGGCAGUGGCGACUAYUCWCAGUGGCGUCAAUCCAAACAAACCCGAGCCGGCCUACAGCUAUCSGUCGGCCAAUUUCACCGAUGGAUGUGCGACGUCCGUAUGGGUCAGUUUGUUGAUGAAGUGGCCGCUAUUUAUAUGACCGCUGCGGUCGAAAAUCUGGUCGAAGAAAUUAUCAUUCAUUGUCUUCAAGUUACGGCCACCACUGGCGCCGCCGGCGCUACAACUGCCGACGGUAGUAGUGGUGGUUGCGGUGUAGUACUAACUGCUCAACUGUUGGACACUUGUGUGGCCAACAAUCCCGAUCUGUGGGGUGUUUUGCAACCGUUUGCCCAUUUGAUUGCCGGCCGUACGGCCAACGGUGCGCUAGGAUUGUCGCCAGCGCUUAGCGCAGCCGUCGAUAUGAUUGGCAGCGACGGCGGCUGUGGCGGCGGUAUCGCCGGUAGUAGUAGUAGUCAUGACGACAACAACGGUAGUCAACAGUUGGCCAAACAAUUGGAACAAAAAUUGUUGACCACUUGUGUCGGUAGUGUCCAACAGUUGGCCGAAUUGAUCGACGAAAUCCGUAAAUAUCGGUUAGCUAUGCAGCCGUCRGCGGCAACCAGURGUGGUCAACAACAACAACGAAAAUCUGGUCAAACCAUGUGGUGGUCGCAACAAAACUGGUCGUUAGGCGGACUACAUUCACUAUACUAUUAUAUGCGAUGCGCCCAACUUGAACACCAAUCGGCAGUAGUGGCCGCGGCCAACAAUACAGCCGAUGGCCAAUCAUCGUCAAUCAGCGGCGGCGGUGUUGUUGGCCAGGAGUUGGUCUACGAACGUCCGUAUCUGGUAUUGCCGCCACUGUACGAAUGGAUGCGCGUAUCGGCCGCCCAGGCCUACUAUCGACGGUCGCCAGUAGUGGACAGGGAUGACCUACUCCAGGCCGCCCGACUAUUGUUACCCGGUGUCGAUUGUCCACCCCGGCCACUGUCCACUUCCCUGACCAACAGCGAAGAGUGGCUAUACUGGCGCCGCGAUUUGGACAGUACGGAGUGUACCCGUCGGCUGAAAACCGAUCUGGCUUUCCGUAUGCUCGGCUCCGGGCGUUCGGAUAUUGUCCAACAAGCCGUUCAACUAUUGCCGGCCAACUAUGGCCUGAAUACGGUCAACGAUUCGGGUCUGACGGCACUAAUGUUGGCCAUUGUCGACGGUAAUCAACGAUUGGUUCAGCUACUGGUCGACAGCGGUCACUGUAAUGUCAAUGUUGAGACACCGGCGCCGCAGAAACAACAACAACAAUACAAAAAUCGUCAGUCAAUUGCCGGCACCGGUAGUCACAUAUCGACAGUAACCCAGUACUGGACAGCACUGUGCUAUGCCUGCGCACGUGGCCAGCGGGAAAUUGCCGAAAUUUUGUUGGCUGCCGGUGCCCGUGUCGAAGGCGGCUAUCGAUACGGUGACGAUUGCGGCGAUCGGCCAACACAGACACCCCUGCAGUUGGCCGCCGGCGGCGGACAUACCGAUUUGGUUCGCCUACUGUUGUCCUACGGCGCCGAUCCCUAUCUGAGUACCGAACGACCGGAUCAGUCGGCCGCUGCUCACUGUACCGCCGCUCGCGGUUGUCCGCCAGCCAUAUCGGUGGCUGCAAUGCACGGCCAACGUUGGAUAGUACGGGCACUGUUAGCCCAGCAGACAACCUACAGCACGUAUAAGGAUGUUCUGUCGUUGGAGGAAAUGCUGGCCGAAAGUUCGGGUACUGUUGGCGGCGGCAAAACCAGAGCCACCGCCGCUGCCGUUGAUAAGUCCCGUAUGACACACGGGUUGGCAGCCAAUCAUCAGUCGUCGCUACCGUCUCUGAAUGUCAUGUCAUUGAUGACCAGCAACAAUACAACCAGUGAUUGUAAUACCGGUGCCAACAAUAGUUGUAGUAAUAAGUCGAUGACCAGUACUACUACUACUACUAUUGACGGGAACAGUAGUUGCAGUAAUAUUAGUAAUACCGGUGCCAACAGUAGUAGUGUAAGUAGUAGUAGUAGUAGUACUACUACUACUAAAACUAGUAGUAAUAAUAAUAAUAAAGUCAUACAAUUGACCAAAACUAAGCUACGGGUGCUUCAGGAAGCUAUGUAUCAUUCGGCCGAAACCGGUUGCCUAGAGAUAACACUUGAUCUCCGAAAUCUAGGCAUUCCCUGGACAUUGCAUACAUGGAUGCAGACAGUGAUCACUGCCCACGGUAUGCGUUUGGAGGCCAUUACCGAUCAAUUGUUGCGGGAUUUUAUGCACAUGUGGUCCGAUUCCGAUGACUACUACUAUAGUCUACAGUUUAUCGAUGAAUGUUUGCCACUAUUGUUCAGUCUAUUACGCUAUCAGACGCCGACAUCGGAUACGGCAUUAUUGUUGGCCGACAUUAUCAGCACGUGUUUCGGUAAACGUGGCGGCGAUGAACGCGUCGGCGGCGGAGGCGAUGUUGGCCGCCGUCUGCAUCCAAAUAGACGAUCACAGCAUAGCCUAUCAUCAAACGGCGGUAAUAUCGGGCCACCAAUUGGUGAUAGUAUUGGUGUCGGCAGCAGUAGCUGCGGUAACGGUAGCAUCCAAUCGAUAGACACCAUUGACCUGCGUAUGGGCGCCCGUAUUGAUGCCAAAUAUGUUAACAACAGGGAUAUGUCCGACUGUACGUUCAAAGUCGAGGGACGGGUGUUUUAUGCCCACAAAAUCAUAUUAGUCAACGCUUCACAAUGGUUUCAGACUCAACUGCAACCUACCGGUGCUGCCGGUGCUGGUGUUGGUCAUCAUCAGCAGCAACAACAACAUACCAGUGCUCAAGAUAUUAGUAAAACAAGUACUACUACUAUCACUACUGGUACUACCGAUCCGUCAUCUGUAUCGUCAUCGUCAUCAUCACUGUCCACUACAGCAUCACCAUUGCGUUCAUCGUCAUCAAUAUCCUUACCUCCCGGUGCUCUACAACAACAACAUCAGUAUCAACAACAACAACCACCACAUCAUUAUAAUUAUCAUAACAACAACAAUAGUCGUGAACCUAUUGUUAUCAAUAAUAUUAGAUUUGAUAUAUUUCAGAAAGUAAUGCAAUUCCUAUAUAAUGGCGGUUUUGAUUUGAAUACCGAUGUCGACCAAAACGAUAUAUUAGAGUUAAUGUCUGCCGCAUCCUAUUUUCAAUUGGACGGACUGUUGAGGUACUGUAGCCGCCGGUGCUGUGACUAUAUAUCGCAUGAAACAGUUAGUACACUAUAUAUGAAUGCCAUACAGUUUAGUGCACUUGAAUUGAUGCAACAUUGCCAGAGAUAUAUACUAGAAAAUAUGGUCACCCUAUUGGCUAAUAAUCAACAAUUAGGACAAUUAUUAUUGUUUGAUAGUACAGCUACCGGUGCCACAGCUAGUAGUGGUAGUGGGGUUGGAAAGUUGCCCAACAAUAAUACCGGUGCCAAACAUCACAAUCAUCAGCAGCAACAACAACAGGUAGUCCAACAUAAUAGACUACCCGACCAUUUGACGGCACUGUUGUUUACACUACAACAACGGUGUCGGGAUAGACAACAACAACAGCAACUACUGGCCCAUCAAAGACAACAACACCAACAACAACAUAAAAGU